AUGGGCACUGAGGAUAGGCACGUGUCCUUUGAGGACCCGCACUCCAGUGCCAGCGAUGAGGAUGCGAAGGCUGUGGAGGUCACAUUCGAUGCUGCCAAUGUCCACCGUCGCAAGAGCUCCCUCGUCCCCUCCGAGUCCCAGCGACCCCGGCCCCGCGAGGACGACAAGACGCAAUGCCUCGUCCACCAGUUCCUCGAGUCCCAGCGCCGCGCCCGCCACGCCCAGCAACAGCAACAGCAACAGCAUGGUACCAGCAACAGCAACAGUAGCGACAAAACCUCUGCUGAUCACCACGACCAGCCGCCACCGCCGCCCCAGGUCCACGCGAACACGGUGAUCAAUGGCAGCUCAGCACACGAGAACGGUCUCGGCGACCGCCUGGUCGAGCCCAAGGGCAACGACGUGGGCCAGACGGACGAGCACAACUGGGCCAAGCAGAUGGCCAAGGCGACACCCUCCGAGGUUGACCAGGCCGGCCUGGAUCCCGACGUGCUGCAUAGCAGGCUGUUGACCAAGAAGCAGCUGAGCGAGAUGGCGUGGGGCGUGCGGGAGCUGAGCCGGCGGCUGGGGAGCAUGAGGCUGAAGUUUCGGGUGCGCAACAUUUUCAUAUUGACCAAGAUCUACGACCGCGAUCUUGUUCCCAAGACAAGGGAGUUGGUCAGGUGGCUGUUGGACAAGGACAGGGACGUCAGGUAUACAGUCUACCUGGAAAGAGAGCUCAAGACCAACAAACAAUUUGAUGCGCCCGGCUUGGUCGAGGAGAUACGGAAGGACUACGUGCAGGCUGGAGAGCUGGAGGAAGAGAACAGCGAGAGUAUCUCCAGGCGGCUGAGAUGGUGGGACGAGCGUAUGUGCCAUACCAGGCCACACACAUUUGACUUUGCCAUCACUCUCGGCGGUGACGGAACCGUCUUGUACGCCAGCUGGCUCUUCCAGAGGAUCGUGCCUCCUGUGCUCAGCUUUGCGCUGGGGAGCCUGGGCUUCUUGACCAAAUUCGACUUCGAGGACUACCGCAACACACUUACCGGGGCUUUUAAGGAGGGCGUGACGGUGAGCUUACGGCUGCGGUUCGAGGGUACUAUUAUGAGGAGCCAGAAGAGGAGAAGAAAGCAGGCCAUGAUCACAGAUGGCAAGACAGUCGGUGAAGCCGAUGGCCAGACACAAGCAGACGAGGAAGUGCCACAGGCUGAGCGCGACCUGGUGGAAGAACUCAUCGGCGAAGAGAGGGAAAACGAGCACACUCACAAGCCAGAUGGGACGUAUGAAAUACUCAACGAGAUCGUGGUGGACCGCGGGCCGAACCCUACAAUGUCUUUCUGCGAGAUAUUCGGUGAUGACGAGCAUUUCACCUCCGUCCUUGCCGAUGGUGUCUGCGUUUCCACACCCACCGGCUCGACCGCGUACAAUCUUGCGGCCGGCGGAUCCCUCUGCCAUCCAGAGAAUCCCGUGAUGCUCGUGACGGCCAUCUGCGCCCACACCCUCAACUUCCGGCCCAUCAUCCUGCCCGACACUAUCGUCCUGCGCGUCGGCGUCCCCUACAGCGCGCGGACCAGCUCGUGGGCCUCGUUUGACGGCCGCGAGCGGCUUGAGCUGUUGCCCGGCGACUACGUCACCAUCUCAGCAAGCCGGUACCCGUUUGCGAGCGUACAGGCGCAGGGACGGCGCAGCGAGGACUGGGUGAACAGUAUCAGCGGCAAGCUAGGCUGGAACACCAGACAGAAGCAGAAGGCCUUCCGGGAGUGGGAUCACUGA